GUCGCUCUGGCGUCCGUUGCGGUUGGUAUUCCCGAAAUCGCCCUGAAAGCGUUCGGGAGCUUACGAAAUGGUAUCGUCGAUAUUAACACGCUGAUGGGGAUCGCCAUCGUCGGCGCUUGUGCGCUUCAAGAUUUCGGCGAAGCCGCCGCGGUGGUGGCGCUCUUUGCGCUCUCAGAAUGGCUCGAGGCGCGCGCUAUGGCGAAAACGUCGCGCGCGAUAGGCGCAGUGCUGGCGCUUCGACCGGAAACGGCGCGGCGUCGAGGCGAUACGGCACUCGUGGCGGUGGAAGAGGUUAAAGUGCGUGAAGUCGUCCUCGUCAAGCCUGGAGAGAAGGUGCCACUCGACGGCGAAAUCGUCGCCGGCGCGAGCGCGAUUGACGAAAGCGCGCUCACGGGCGAGUCCAUGCCCGUGCCUAAACGUGUCGGUGACGUCGUGUACGGCGGCACACUGAAUCAAGGUGGGAUCUUAGAGAUUCGUGUCUCGUGCGUCGCCGCGGAUUCAGCAGUCUCGCGGCUCGUCCGUCUCAUCGAAGAAGCGCAAGCGUCGCGGAGCUCGAGCGAGCUCGCCAUUGAGAGAUUCGCGAGGGUCUACACGCCGGUCGUCAUCAUCGCCGCCGCGCUCGUCAUGAUCGUACAGUACAGUUCUGGGGUCAAAGGGAACGAGCCGGCGUAUUUGGCGUGCGUCUUACUUGUCAUCGCGUGUCCAUGUGCGCUCGUAUUGAGCACUCCCGUCGUUGCCGUGAGCGCACUCACGGUGUGCGCGCAACGCGGCGUCUUGGUCAAGGGCUCUGCGCACCUCGAAAGACUCGGCCGCAUCGAGCGCGUGUUCAUGGAUAAAACGGGCACGCUCACGCGCGGUUCUUUCACGCUCACUGCGGUGCGUUUGGUGCGUCCGGCGAGAAACGGCGACGAGAACCAACGUCCGGCGCUCGGCGUCGGCGCCCUCCUUCGAUGGCUUUGCGCCCUGGAAUCGCGUUCGUCACAUCCGCUCGCGCACGCUGUCUUGCGUGGCGCCGGUGCGGCAGUCCGCGUAGCUUCGGAACAAUGUGUCGUAGAAGACUUUGAAACUAUCGACGGGCAAGGCGCGAAAGCUAUCGUCGACGGCAGGCGCGUCGAAGUCGGCAACGGCGAGCUCGCGUUGGAGAACGCGUGGGACGCGAACGAUGUCGAGCUGACGAACAUGGCGAAUACGUGGGAAAGCGAAGGAGGUACCGUGGUAUGGGUCGGGGUCGACGGUCGUCUCGCGGGCAUCAUUCGAUGUGAUGACGUCGUUCGCCCUACGGCGGCGAAAGCGGUGGAUGACUUGAGAAAAAUAGGCGCAGAGGUGGAGAUGAUCACUGGAGACAAUCCUGGGUCGGCCGAGUACUUGCGAGCGCGAGUAGGCGUCAAUCCAACGCACGUACGUGCUUCACUCAAACCGCAAGACAAACUCCGUAUCAUCGGCGAAGCGAUCGAGGCGUUAGAGAAUAAGUCGUCCAAAAUCGCCUUGAAGCUCUUCGGCCGAGGCACGGUGGCGAUGGUGGGCGACGGAAUCAACGACGCUCCAGCGUUGACUGCGGCGGACGUUGGCGUCGCUAUGGGCGUCGCCGGUACGGCUGCGGCGAUGGAAACCGCCGACGUGGCGUUGAUGACAAACGAUCUGAGUUUACUGGUGGACACCAUCGUGCUCGGUCGCGAGUGUGUGCGCAAGAUUCGACAAAACGUCAUCUUCUCCGUCACUACCAAGCUCGUGGUCCUCGUUCUCUCCAUCCUCGGCUACACGGGCUUGUGGCAAGCGAUCGCGGUAGACGUUGGAACAGCUCUUUUGGUUAUUUUCAACGGUAUGAGCAUCUUGCGCGAGCGAAACAAUCGC